ACUACUACAAAGAAACCACAACCCUUCAUUAUCUAUGAAUUGUUUGUUCUCAUCAUCUUAGCUAGUUUCUUGACAAACCCACCAUUUAAUCAAGUUCUUGAAUAAUCCACCAUGUCAACCAUAGCAUAUAAUCAAGAUAAUUUGUUGUCAUGUUUAGAGUCUCACAUCAUUGAGACAGCAACUCUGAAACUCAAACUGUCCUCUCCAAGAUGUAUAGAUUUAGGUGGUUGGGGUUUCCUUCAAAGCCUUCCCAACACUUCAACGGAGAAGGGAAAACAGCCCACAUAUGUCCACCCUUUGUCCAAACAAUAUUCAUCUUAUUAUGGUUCUAAGCUAAGCGAGGCAAGCUUGAAACUCUGCACUGAGAAUCUGGGAAGCGAAACCGGCACCGACAUCGCCGACACCGCGAUUUUCUCAUCGGAUUUUUUACCAGAGUCGGCGCUACCUCCCUUGCCACGACAAGUUGCGGCGCCAAGAAACCGCAACAAGGUGAAAGGAAAACCGAAGAACUUCCCACCUCCAUUGACAACGUUAAUUGCUCCGAAUUCCCUUCAGGUUAGGUCCCGCCGUGAAGGUGGUCGGUUGAUCAUUGUGGCUAUAGAGGGCCCACCAAAGAAUGCUUUCUUCAAAGCUGAGCGUAGCCAUGGCCGCCUCAGGCUAUCUUUUUUGGACGCCUCUUUCCUUCGCUCUGACUCGGCCAUAACAAACAGCGAAGUGGAAAGGGAGGAGGAAAGGGACAUGGACGGGAAUAUAUUGGAAGCUGAGGUGGAAAUGGGAAUGGAGAAAUAUCAAAGGCUAAGGCGGUGCAUGGAAAGUGGGCACAGCAACAAAGCACUGUGUGAUUUAAAGCCUUUAUGCGUUGCUACUUCUUGAAAAGUUCAAUUUUUGUGUUUGAUUUGUUUUUGUUUUUGUUUUUUUUUUGGACACAUUUUUUGUUGUACUGUACCGUUGUACAAUUGUACC